AUGUGCCCGACUGCCGCUGCCUCUGCCGCCGACCCGGCCCCCGUCCCGACCACCGAGGGCGCCGUCCCGCCCGAGUUCACCCCCAUCGACGCUCAUGCGCCCUCGCAGCCCGAGGUGGCCGCCAAGCAGCAGCAGGAGAACGGCGCUCCCGCCGCCUCGCAGAGCAACCCGUACGCCCCGCGUGCCUCGGACUACCUCUCGAACACCUCCAACUGGAAGAUCAUCGAGUCGACCCUGCGCGAGGGCGAGCAGUUCGCCAAUGCCUUCUUCGACACCGAGACCAAGAUGAAGAUCGCGCAGGCCCUGAGCGACUUUGGCGUCGAGUACAUCGAGCUCACGUCGCCCGCCGCCUCGGAGCAGUCGUUCGACGACUGCAAGCGCAUCUGCAACAUGGGCCUCAAGUCCAAGAUCCUCACCCACAUUCGCUGCCACAUGGACGACGCCCGCAAGGCUGUCGAGACCGGCGUUGACGGCGUCGACAUUGUCAUCGGCACCUCGUCGUUCCUCCGCAAGUACUCGCACGGCAAGGACAUCACCUACAUCAUCAAGUCGGCCGUCGAGGUCAUCGAGUUCGUCAAGAGCAAGGGCAUCGAGGUCCGCUUCUCGUCCGAGGACUCGUUCCGCUCCGACCUCGUCGACCUCCUGUCGAUCUACCGCGCCGUCGACAAGGUCGGCGUCAACCGCGUCGGCAUCGCCGACACGGUCGGCUGCGCCAACCCGCGCCAGGUGUACGACCUCGUGCGCACCCUGCGCGGCGUCGUCUCGUGCGACAUCGAGUGCCACUUCCACGACGACUCGGGCUGCGCCGUCGCCAACGCCUACUGCGCCCUUGAGGCCGGCGCGACCCACAUCGACACGUCCGUCCUCGGCAUCGGCGAGCGCAACGGCAUCACGACCCUCGGUGGCCUCAUCGCCCGCAUGAUGGUCGUCGACCCGGUCUACACCAAGGGCAAGUACAACCUGCCCAUGCUCCGCGAGGUCGAGAACCUGGUCGCCGACGCCGUCCAGAUCUCGGUCCCGUUCAACAACCCGAUCACCGGAUUCUGUGCGUUCACGCACAAGGCCGGCAUCCACGCCAAGGCCAUCCUCGCCAACCCGUCGACGUACGAGAUCCUCAAGCCCGAAGACUUUGGCAUGUCGCGCUACAUCGACAUCGGCUCGCGCCUGACUGGCUGGAACGCCGUCAAGUCGCGUGUCGAGCAGCUCGAGCUCGACAUGAGCGACGACCAGGUCAAGGACGUGACGGCCAAGAUCAAGGAGCUCGCCGACGUGCGCACCCAGAGCAUGGACGACGUCGACACGGUCCUGCGCGUGUACCACCGCGGCAUCUCGUCGGGCAAGCUCGGCCUGCGCCAGCCGGCCAUCUUUGACCAGCUCCUCGCCGACCACAAGAGCGAGGCCGGCUCGGUCAACGGCGACGACGCCGAGGGCCCGGCCAAGAAGAAGGCCAAGGUCGCAUAAGGCGCCCGCGUCGAGCAGCUCGCAGUCGGGUCGGUCGAGGAAGAGGAGGAGGGAGGAGGCGGCGCGAGCGCGCAGAAGUGCGGUGACUCGCGCUCGCGCCGGCAUCAAGGAGGUUUCACGACGACACGACGACGGUCACCACCACCCCCUCCUCUCUCUCUCUCGACGGCUCGCCCCAGUCGCGGCCGCAAAAGUACACAUUCUUGUCUCCUUCCACCUCCCACGCUCUUCCUCCCCCUCGAGCGCACCCUUCCUCCUCGUCGCUCUACGUUCUCUCUCUCUCUCUGUCUGUGUGUCGGACCGAGUUUGGGGCCACGUCGACGGGUGCGGUUCGCUGUAACAUUUUGCCUGCCUUGCCUUGAG